CAUCGUCUUCCUUAAACCCUGGUUACCGGCGGCUCCAUUAGAAAAAAUUCACAGUUUCAAGUCUAGAGAGAGAGAGAUGGAAGAACAACAACCUCGUUACCAGUUGGAUCUGGGAAAUCUCAUGGCCUUUGAUCCUCAUCACAGUAUUGCUCAAGAUUCAUCCAGGGAAGAGAUUAUAAGAGAAUGUAUGCAAAAGGGUACUGAGUUGAUUCAAGCAAUUGCUGAUUCUCUUUUUAGCUUACCUGCUACUGAAGAUAGAGAUGGUCCAAUUGUGAAAUUGCCUCUACCUACUACUAGAUUGCCUAGGGAGAAACCGCUUCCUAGGAAGAAACCUCCUACAACUUGGGAGUCAUUUGCGCAGAAAAAAGGUAUUGUUAAAAGGAAUAAAGACAAAUUGGUGUUUGAUGAACAAACUGGUACAUGGAAGCGUCGCUAUGGAUUCUAUCGCGUGAACGAUGAAAAUAACAUCCCCAUCAUUGCUGCUAAGACGACCGAUGAACCUGGAGUAGAUCCAUUUGCAAAGAGGAAAGCAGAUAAGAAAGGCCGAGUUGAAAAGAACCAGAAGAAUAGGUUCCAAAAUUUGAAAGAGGCUGCAAAAGUUGGUGCACUGCCCAGCCAUGUCCAACUUGCUGCCACAGCUUUGCCCAUAACAGGAACUCAAACAGCACCAAGAAAAUUCAACAAGCAUGAGCUUGAAAGCGUUGCAGGAAUGGCAGCCACCUCAACAGCCAGCGGUGGGAAGUUCGAUAAGAAGCUACCUGGAGAAAAGCCUAAGAAACACGAAGGCAAGCACCGCAAGUUCCUACCGGUUGUUGAAGGAUCAGGAAUGGGGUCACUUGAGAAGCAACAAAAUGAUAACAUUCUGAACAAGUUGAUGGCCAAAAACUCCCACGAGGUGCUAAACGUGAAUCGGGCGGUGACUAUGUAUAAUGUGAAAGAUGAGAAGCGGAGGAACAGAGUAGGGAAGGUUCCAUCUAGCUCGAGUAAGCUGAAACCGAAGAAGAGUCUUGGCAAGAAGACUUUCAAGAAAGGCUCCUCCAGUAAAGGGAAAUCAGAAUGAUCAUAGAUAGGUUGUUUCCAAUGAAGAAGAUGAUGCCUAUCAUGGAAAUUUCUAGAAGGUUUUGGUAGUUGAUGAAAGUUCAGUUGUUUGUCACUGGGUUUAACUUUUUUUUUUCUUCUGUUUGAAACAAUAUAAGUAUACUUGCAUUUUUCAAUUAAAUAUUAUUUACUUUUUUGUCCUAAUUAUUGUUUUGGCUA